CGUCACGCAGGAGCGGCGGAAGUGAGGUGGCCUUUUGAAGAGCAAGCGAAAAAUAAACACGUAAUCGCCUGAUUAUUCCUGCGAACCUUAUAUGUGUCGGUUGGAUGGAGAGACAGACGCGCGUGUAGGUUCUGUGUCGGUUCCGGCGGCCACUCUGUGAAGCGCGAGCGGGCGUGUUACCAAUUCUAAGAUAUUGACCAUAAGAACAGGAAGAAGCUUUUAAUCUUGUCGAGCUGCAGUGGGUGUGGAUUUACUUAAGGCGAGACAGUCAGUUUUGACAUCACAUGCAAACAUGGUACGAGCAGCUUUGGUAACAGCUACUAGUCUGGCCCUGACUGGUGCCGUUGUGGCUCAUGCCUAUUUCCUCAAGCACCAGUUCUAUCCGACAGUUGUAUACCUCACCAAAAGCAGUCCGAGCAUGGCAGUUUUAUAUAUACAGGCUUUUGUGUUGGUUUUUCUGCUGGGAAAGUUCAUGCGCAAGGUCUUCUUUGGCCAGCUGAGAGCUGCAGAGAUGGAGCACCUGAUCGAGCGUUCCUGGUAUGCAGUGACUGAGACCUGCUUAGCCUUUACAGUCUUCAGGGACGACUUUUCCCCCCGUUUUGUGGCCCUUUUCACUCUGCUGCUCUUCCUCAAGUGCUUCCAUUGGCUGGCUGAAGACAGAGUGGACUUUAUGGAAAGGAGUCCAAACAUCUCAUGGGUCUUCCACUUCAGAGUUCUCUCUCUAAUGGUGUUGCUAGGAGUACUAGACUUCUUAUUCGUCAAUCACGCCUGCCACAGCAUCAUCACCAGAGGAGCGUCAGUACAGCUGGUCUUCGGAUUUGAGUACGCCAUUCUGAUGACCAUGGUUCUCACCACCUUCAUUAAAUACACCCUGCACACCAUUGACCUCCAGAGUGAGAACCCGUGGGAAAAUAAAGCCGUCUACAUGCUUUACACAGAGCUCUUUACAGGCUUUAUUAAGGUGCUGCUGUACAUGGCGUUCAUGACCAUAAUGAUCAAAGUGCACACCUUCCCCCUGUUUGCCAUUCGACCCAUGUACCUUGCAAUGAGGCAAUUUAAGAAGGCUGUAACAGAUGCCAUAAUGUCUCGACGAGCCAUUCGCAACAUGAACACACUCUACCCGGAUGCAACUCCUGAGGACUUGCAAGCCUCGGACAAUGUGUGUAUCAUCUGUCGAGAGGAGAUGGUAACCGGUGCCAAGAAACUGCCCUGCAACCACAUUUUUCACUCAAGUUGCCUUCGGUCGUGGUUCCAGAGGCAGCAGACAUGUCCAACAUGCCGUAUGGAUGUUCUGCGUGCAUCACAGCCUAACACCACUCCUGCUCCUGCUGCCCCAGCACCCCCUGCAGCUCCAGCAGCUCCAGCUAAUGCUGCUGCUCCCCCGGCCGCUAACGUUGCUCAGGGUGUCAUGCCCCAAUUCCCACCAGGCCUUUUCCCUUUUUGGGCUCCCUUCCCUGCUGCAGUUCCUCCUGCAGCACCUCCUGCUGGUCAGGCAGCCUCCAGCACACCACAGACCAGUGCAGAUGCAACCCAAACUUCAGGGGCAGAAUCAGGAGCCACUAGCUCAAGCCAGACUGGUGCAGAUGCUGCUGCAGCACCUGUGGCUGGAGUGCCUGGAUUUCCCUUCUCCAUGCCCCCACCAUGGCUGCCCAUGCCUCCUCCUCCACCCUUCAUGUCAUCCAUGCCUCCCCCCCCGCCGUCUCUGUCCACGAUGUCGGAGGAGGAACUGAGGGAGUUGGAGCAGGAAGGCCGCCGUGGUUUGGAGGCCAGACUGCAGUGCCUUCAAAACAUCCACACACUGCUGGAUGCCGCCAUGCUUAACAUCCACCACUACCUCACUACUGUCGCUACACUCAGUCCUCCUCGAGUGGAGAGCAGCACCAGUGAAGUGAGUGGAUCAGGCAAAACUGAAGCUUCCAGCCAAGAGAAUGGAACACACAUCACAGGUCCGGUCAUUGGAGCGAGCGGUUUUUCCCAACCAGACUCGACCACAGGAGUCGAGAAGAAGGAGGAAGAGGAGGCAGAGGUCGACGGGGAGCCGAGCGCUGCUGAAUUGAGACGUCGCCGCCUACGUAAGCUGGACACCACACCGCCUCUGGACCACUGAUUAUUCAUCUAAUAGUCCAGGCAAUGCGUUUUUGACAAAGGACUUUACACGGUAGAAAUUCAUCUCACGUACCCUGCUUUGGCACUUUGGGUGCUUGAGAUGUCUGGUUAUCUCUCCGUGGGCUCAGAUCUUCAGUGCAGCAUGUAAAGACUUCCAAAGAAUGAUCAAGUUGUAUAGGAGAUUCAGAUAGAAGACUGGAUUCCACAUUAAUUCUGUGCAGAAUUAAUAAAAUACCCCUGGUAAAGUCUUUUAACAUGCAUAAUUUUUUUGUUUUAAAUAUACCGAUUUAUUUUCCUGCAAGCCCACGACAUGGACAUAGUUGGGGUUUUUUUUUUGUAUUGUUUGGCUUAUUUCUAGCUCUGGAUUUCAUUUGCUUUUGAGGGGGAGAAUUUACCAUUGUGUGGCAUAAAUUAACACUGUACAUACUGUAUAAAAUUAAUAUUUCAGGUAAAUCUGUAAAUAAUGCAGAAUAAAUCAUUCAACUCA